AUGUUUGUUUUCCUUUGUUUUUAUGAUUAUCUAAAUAAGAGCGAUAACAACUCGUUGCUGUUCGUCCANCGGCCAGUCGAAGAGAAUUCAAAUAGUGGAAGUUCAAGUAAAAGUGUAAACUCAUUAGCAACGUCAACAUCAUUCAAUGCAUCGCGUAAAAACAGCAAAAAUUCUCUUGCAAAAGUUCAAAAUCGUCGUAGACCUGAGUUUUGGGCUGAUGGUAGUGUACCGCCAAUAGCGUCGCCACUUGUUCCAUUUCUUGUACCAAAAUUACCCGAUCUUGAGACCGUUGAAGAUGCAUCAAUUGAAGUUCUUGCUUUAUUGAGAAUUCUUAAUGGACUUAAUCGUCAUUGGCCUUCACUUUACUAUUCCGUACCACAUUCGCAUGUCAUUAGUCAAAGUGAUUUCAUUCAUUCAAAGAUUGCUGCAAAAGCAAGUCGCCAACUUCAAGAUCCACUUGUAAUUAUGACUGGAAAUCUUCCAACAUGGUUACAAGAAAUCUCAACAGCAUGUCCAUUCUUGUUUCCUUUUGAAACACGCCAUUUGUUGUUUUAUGCCAUCUCAUUUGAUCGUGAUCGUGCUUUACAACGUUUAAUUGAUACAACACCAGAUCUCAAUUCUGCAGAUACAUCAGAACGUGUGACACCACGUCUGGAUCGUCGUAAACGUGCAAUAUCACGUGAAGAUAUUCUUAAGCAAGCUGAAGUUAUAAUACAAGUAAGUAGACAUAAAUUGUCAUCAUAG